AUGGAAUCCCCCUCCAAAAUGUUCGAUAACGUCAAGUUCGAGAAGGAGAAGGCCAUUGCGCGCUUCAAUCGCGUGCGCAGAGUCAUGAGGCUGUUGCAGAUUAUUCAAGUCGCCGGCGUCUUCGCCGCCGUCUCGUGGUGCUCGGUGCGCGCGCCGGCGGUUGCUAUGUCUGCCGGCGCGUCUUUGCUCGAGUUCUCCACGUACCUCUUCAACCACCACGUCGCGUUCCUAAUCGGAAAUGCGAUCAUCGUGUUGCUGUUCAUGCUCUGCCGCCAGAGCGACGGCGGCGCCUCCGCCUCCUCCCGCCGCGAUCUCUACGAUGAUUAUGCCAAAUACAGCGACGCCGCUCGCUCUCUGCCUCAGCCGGAGCAGAGAGAGGAAGUGGCGGCGCCGCCUGCGGAAUUCGGCGGCGGUAACCAGCAGAUUGUUGCGGUGAUUGCGGAUGAGGCGAGUGCGAGUUCCCAAUGUGAUGACGUGGCGGCGGCGAUUGAGAAAGCGGCGAGGCAGAUAAAGAAGUUCCAGAGGAACCGAUCGGAGAUGAUGCUGAGGCGCGAGAUUGCGGUGCGGCCGGAGCUCCGGAGAUCGGAGACGGAGAAACACCGGAAACUGGUGAGUUCGGGGUCGGCGGAGAUUGAGAAUCUGAGCAACGAAGAAUUCCGGCGAAGAGUUGAUGCAUUCAUCGAUAAGCAUUGGAUCAAAACGACAGCGAAACUGGAAGGACACCAAAAUCAUGGAUGGUAG